AGUGUCCCACAAACCUUUAUGCAAAAUUCCUUUGUUUUGUUUAUUCCCAUCUGGCCAAGUACAACCGCCUUCUAGUUUCUUCAAGAAACUCCUCCGAUCUUUCAACACAACCCCAUUAGAAAUUUAUAAAUAUCAGACCUCCACUUUCCAUUCCAACACAGAAAAUUUAUUGAAAUGAUGAAGGCACGUACUGUUGGUAUUGGAAUGGACUAUUCACCCACUAGCAAAUCAGCACUGAAUUGGGCAAUCAAUAAUCUGAUUGAUGAGGGUGAUCAAAUCGUCGUCGUCCAUGUUGUUUCUCCUAAAGCUGAUCCAACCAAUAAGCAACUGUUUGAAGACACGGGAUCCCCACUGAUCCCUUUGGAAGAAUUCAGAGAGAUUAAUGUUUCCAAGCACUAUGGGCUCACACCUGAUCCUGAGGUUCUUGAUAUGCUUGAUACGGUGUCCAGGACCAAAAGGGUUAAGGUGGUGGCCAAGGUGUAUUGGGGAGAUCCAAGGGAGAAGUUGAUUGAUGCAGUGGAGCAACUCAAGCUUGAUUCACUUGUUGUCGGAAGUAGAGGUUUAGGAGUGCUCAAGAGGGUGUUGCUUGGAAGUGUAAGCAACUACGUGGUCGAUAACGCGCCGUGUCCAGUGACGGUUGUGAAGGGGGCAUCGCCUUCAAAGCCUUAAGGUUUUUGUCCAAGUUAUUGCAGUCAAUUAUAGUGUGCGAAUUUGAUCUGAAGUAUUAUGUGGUGGCUAUGUCGUUAUCUUUUUAUACGUAACUUGUCAUUUCGGUGUUUGAGAGAGAGAUGCAUCAUUAUCUUGGAUUGUUUGGAGUUAUUCAAUAGUUCUUGGUGCUUGGGCUGUUUUUACGUGGCCAUGCCAAGCGGUCUGUGUAUGUUCUACUUUUUUCUUUGAACCAACUUGAAUAAUUCGGUUUGAAUUAUUUUCA